AUGAAAGACUUAGUGGAUAGGUUGAUAGAGAGGAGAAAGAUCUUGUUUGCACAGGAGUCUGAACACUAUGAUGAAAAAUCUCUAGAUGAAUUGAACAGUUUCUCGGAGUUGUACAAAUUUUCCAAGAUCAAUUCAACAAUCACCAAAGGAACCUCUGUUUCUAGAAAUUUGAAUCAAAUAAUACAAGGAAAUACCUCAGAAACAAACAAUAUAUCUAAUGAACUCUCAUUAAUAAAAGCAGAGAAGAAGACUUUGGGAAUUUCCGCCAAAAGUUUGUCUGAAAAAAUUAUUGAGCGCCAUAAGUCACAGCAGCGAGAUGAGCCAGAAUAUCAUCCUUCCUGGAAAUUAAUGAGAGUAAUAGCAGGGCAUACUGGCUGGGUAAGAAGUCUUUGUGUUGAGCCGGAUAAUGAGUGGUUUGCUUCAGGAUCAGUGGAUAGUACAAUUAAAAUCUGGGAUCUUGCCUCUGCCAAAUUGAAAUUGACACUAACGGGUCAUAUUAUGGCGGUCAGAGGGAUUUCUAUAUCGGACAGACACCCAUACAUGUUUUCAUGCUCCGAGGAUAAAACUAUUAAAUGCUGGGAUUUGGAAAGAAACGCCAUUGUACGAGACUAUUAUGGCCAUUUAUCUGCAGUAUAUUCCAUUGAUCUUCAUCCAACGCUAGAUGUUCUCGUUACUGGGGGCAGAGACUCAUCAGUUAGGUUAUGGGAUAUGAGAACUAGAGUACCGAUUCAUGUUAUGACUGGACACAAUUCUAAUGUCUUGAACGUCAAGGCUAGAGCAGUUGAUCCUCAGAUUAUUAGCACUUCAUCAGAUGGGACAAUCAGAUUGUGGGAUAUCGUUGCUGGUAAAACGAUGAAGGUUCUAACCAAUCAUUCAAAGAGUGUAAGAGCUCUAUCAUUAAACUCCUUUGAGAACUCAUUUGUGACUGCUUCUCCAAAUCAAAUCAAAAAAUGGGCUUUUCCAGAAGGCAAUUAUAUUGAAGACUUCACACCGCCGCAUAAUUCCAUUAUCAACACUUUGAGCGUCAAUCAUGAUGGUGUGUUAUUUAGUGGAGCCGAUAAUGGAUCAAUGAACUUUUAUGAUUACAAAACUGGGGUGAAAUUCCAGGAAUCGGAGACUACAAAAAUGCCAGGAUCAAUUGAUAGUGAGGGCGGGAUUUUUGUCAGUACUUUUGAUAAAAGUGGAAGUAGAUUGAUAACUGGAGAAGCGGACAAAACUAUCAAGAUUUGGAAAGAAGACUCAUGA